GAACCCUCCUCCCAUCCCCCGUCCCUCUCUCUCUCUCGCUCUCCACCGUUUCUCCGUCGCUCUCUCCUCUACCACAUGUACGGGCAACCACCGCGCUCCCGCCCCUCCGGCGGCGGCCGCGGCCGCGGCCAGCCUCCUCCGCCGCCGCAACACCAGCAGCAGGUGCAGCGGCAGCCGACUCCGAUGCCGAAUCCUCUGCUUCAAAACCCUAACUUCUACUUCCAAAACCCCGCUCUCCAGCUCAUCCACCAGAACAUGGCCAUCGCCAAUCAAAUCCCCGGCUAUCCGAUGCAGAACGCUGCUUUCCCUAUCCAAAACCCUAGUUUCCCGCCGCAGCAACAGUUCCCGAGCGUGGCGCCCCGGCCGCAGGUGCGGCCCCAGGUCCCGAGCCGGAAGGAGCUCGUCGAGGGGACGGAGCGUGCGGUGACGAAGGCAUGGCGUGAGCUCGUCGGUGCCGGGGAAAGCGUCUCGGCUUGGAAAGUGUCGCAGGCCGCGCUGCUGGCCCUGCGGGUGGAUUCGUGGAGCUCCCUUGGAUUUCAAAUGCAGGAGGUGCCCGCGCUUCACCGGCUCAUGGCGACUGAAGGGAAGAUGAAUGCAUUUAUCCAUUGCUUUGUCGGGGUUCGGUGGAUCACAUCGUUGUAUGAUCUGCAAGUAGCUAUCUGCAAGAAUGAAGGAGUGGAACGGUUUGAAGAGCUAGAGUUGGGUCCAUUAUUGCGACAUCCCCUCGUGUUACAUUAUUUUUCUGUGAAGGCCGAUGCUACUGCGGUGUUUAAGAUAACUAGUGAGGAGAUAAUUUCUUAUCUUUGUGACUUUUUGGAUACUUCUUUCAAAAAAGAUGUGAAGACUGAGGAAUUCCUUGAUUUUAUUGUUAAGAAGCGAUCCGUCUCAAGCAAAGAAAAUCUUGCUGUACGAAUUCAAAAUUUGGGGAUGCAUAUUUCUUGUGUGCGUGAAGCGAGGAGAUUGGAGGAUGUUACUCUAAAGAAUUGCUCAAAGUCGUCGAAACAGAGAUCUGAGAAUAAAACAAGGAAGCGUCCUCUUUUUUCUAUGGCGAAGAAACAACUAGAUGAGCGCUUCAGUUCUAUAUCUGAACGAGUUAAAUCAUUCUCCUCAGUGCAUGAGGAUUUUGGUGUCAAGCAUUUAAGGUUUCUGUCAUCAAACUCUGAAGACGAGGAUAGUGAUGAUUGUAAAGAUGAAGAUAAGAAAGAUGAAGGCAAGUUGAGCAGCCAUUCGGAUCGGUCAUCACAGGCUACUAAAAGUGACCGAGUCGGUAGCUGUCCUUAUCCAUCGGCAAUUGAAGAGAGGACGAGGCUUGGUUUAAAAGCUGAAACGGACACUGACCUUUCUGGUGGUGGAAGCUCAAACUGUGUUGAGACUGUCACUCGGAAAAAGAAAAGGAAGUCUAAAGAUGCUUCGCGUAGCAUCUCUGUUCCCAACAAAUUGUUAAGAAGAGAUAAGAUAGACAAGGAUGCCCUUUCAGGGGGCAAUGGUAGUGGGGAAAGAGAUGAUGCCGGCUUGAAUGAAAAUGAUCUAUCUCUUGCUUAUAGUUCAAUGAGAAUGUUCAUCACAACAUGGAAGGAGACUUGUCGGGAGCAAAACGUGACUCAAGUUCUAAAAGGGAUGCUUCAGUCAUAUGAUAUUACAGCUCAACAAAGAAAGAGGAUAAUAUCUAUGUUUUCAACACAUCCUUGUCUUGGAUUGCUUAAUAUUGCUGUGACUUCUAUCAAAUGUGGAAUGUGGGACAAUAUAUAUGAUACUCUUCAAGCCAUUGAUGAAAACGAAAGAGAUGAGACAGGUUCUGAUGAGGGCACGAAGUACGAAAUAAUAGAUGUUGUGCCCAGUGAAAAGAACUUAGCAGUCACCAGUACACUCAAUAAUGAGGCAACAUACAGUGUUACUGUUGAGGAUGUGAUCAGCAAAGUGGCUUCUUUUCUUGAGCUUGAUGAUGAACUCCAUUAUAAGCGAAAAUUACCUUCUGAUGAGAAUUAUAACAUUUUCAAGAAGCUUCAUGAUUGUGAGUCUUGGGUGGCAGAGCAGUUUUCUGUGGGGGAAUUUAAGUCCCUUGGUCAUGGGAACUUCUUACAAUUCUUAGGAAAGAACUACUCAGAACUGCCUAGAAAAGUUCAAAAGCUUUUGACAGGUGAAAUAUGUGAAAAGACCCCUUUUGAUAUUUGCAUGCUUCAGCAGCAACUAGUUGCAAUAAUAUGUCAAGCAGCAGAUAAUCUAUGGGGGGAUGAAACUAUUACCGAGCAAAGGAUUUUCAUGCUUCUAAGACAGCAAUUCCCACUACUCAAUUUUAAAAUUGUUGGUGGUAGUUUUCUUAAGGAUUUCUUAGAGAUGGUGAGAGAACAUAGGAGCUGUGUGACAUCAAGAUGUGUGCUAUACUCAACAUCAUUGGUGGCAUCAUCAUCUGUGAAUGAUGGUAUGGAAUCAUUGGAAGUCAAAACUGUAGGAUUUGAUAUUGAUCCUAAAAUGGAAAGACCUCUACAUGCACCUUGCAAGGAUGCAAUUGAAGUCUUGCUCAAAGCACCAAUUUUUUCGGACUUAUUGUCAUGGUCACAUUGGGAACGGAAAUUUGCUCCUGCACAUGGUCCUUUGGUUGAUUUUCUGUUGAAUGAAGUCAAUUCAAAGGAGCUGUUGUGUUUGGUGACAAAUGAUGGGAAAGUGAUACGGAUUGACCAUUCAGCGACCAUUGAUUCUUUCUUGGAAGCCGCACUAAGAGGAUCCUCUUUCCUGACUGCGGUGAAGCUAUUGUCAUUCUUCUCAUUAGUUGGAGGAGAAAAACAUGUUCCUUUGGCUCUUCUAAAAUCCCAUGCGUGUCGAGCAUUUGAAGUUAUUAUUGAAAAUUCUCAGGAUGGUGUUGAUGCUGAUGUUUGUAGGAACUCUCGCAUGCAUGGCCUUCACGAUAAAAUUUUGGAUCAAACUUCUGGUAGUGUUGAGGGUAACCUCCCUGGAAAAGGGAGCAUAGCCAACGAAGCAGUGCCUCUUGCAUUGAGAUUUUUUCUAGAUUGUCUCGAUUAUGUACCAUCGGAAUUUUGUGCUUUUGUUGCUGAUGUGUUGCUUACUGGACUACGAUCUGUUCUCAAGGAUGCGCCUCUGGCCAUUUUGAAGGAAUGCAACAAAUUACAGCAGCGGCUCCUGCUCCGUAGAAUAGGGUUUUCUCUUGGUAUAAUUGAAUGGAUGGAUGAUAACAAUAUAUUUGCUUCCACUGCUGGUACCAGCUCUACUGCCAGUGGUACUCCGCGCAUUAAAACUACGGGGUCAGAUACGAUCACAAGCUUAAGACCUGUGGAAGGUUCUUUAGAUGAGCUUUCCUCUUCCAGGGCUGAUAUUGUUGUCUCUGUUUCAAAUGAAGGAAAUGUGUCUACCAGAGCUAGGUGCACAACUGGUAAUGUGGGCAAUGGUGACGUACACCCUUCCACCGAACUGAACGGAGAUACUGAUGCUGCAUGUGUGAUUGAGUCAAUCAGGAGGGGUGAAUUUGGACUGGAUCCAACUCUCUCAAUUACAGAGAGUAACAUGUUAAAGAAACAGCAUGCUCGCCUCGGGAGAGCACUUCAUUGUCUUUCACAAGAAUUGUAUUCUCAAGAUUCACAUUUUCUCCUUGAGCUGGUCCAAAACGCUGAUGAUAAUCUUUAUCUGGAAUAUGUGGAACCAACUUUAACAUUCAUUCUUCAAGAUUCAGGUAUCGUUAUUUUAAAUAAUGAACGAGGUUUUUUGGCUGAAAACAUCAGAGCUCUGUGUGAUGUUGGAAAUUCAACAAAAAAAGGAUCUCGUGCUGGAUACAUUGGGCAGAAAGGGAUAGGCUUCAAAUCGGUAUUUCGGGUAACAGAUGCUCCAGAGAUACAUUCUAAUGGAUUUCAUGUGAAGUUUGACAUAACUGAAGGUCAAAUUGGUUUUGUCCUGCCAACUCUUAUCCCUGCUUGCAAUGUCGAUUUAUUCUCCAGGCUGGUUUCUAGUGAUUCUGAUGAUAUGAAUGGUAGCUGCUGGAACACUUGUAUUGUACUUCCUUUCAGAUCAAAGCUGUCAGAAGGAAGUGCCAUGAAAAGCAUUUUAACUAUGUUUUCAGAUCUUCAUCCCUCACUGUUACUCUUUCUUCAUCGUCUCCAGUGUAUUAAGUUUAGAAACAUGCUGAAUGACUCACUGAUAAUCAUGAGAAAAGAGGUUCUAGGGAAUAAUAUUGUCAAGGUUUCUCAUGGGAAAGACAAAAUGACAUGGUUGGUAGUUUCUCGAAAGUUGCAGUCAAAUUUCAUUCGGCGCGAUGUGCAGAUUACGGAGAUUGCGAUGGCAUUUACACUGCAGGAAGGAGAUUGCGGUUAUUACAUCCCCUUUCUGGUGCAACAGCCAGUAUUUGCAUUUCUUCCUCUGAGAACUUAUGGUUUAAAAUUUAUUCUCCAAGGUGACUUUGUACUUCCCUCAUCAAGAGAGGAAGUGGAUGGAGAUAGUCCCUGGAACCAAUGGUUACUGUCAGAGUGUCCUGAGUUGUUUGCAAGUGCGAAGGAAUUUUUUUGUGCACUUCCUUGUUUUAGGGAGAAUCCAGGUAAGGCUGUAUCAGCAUAUAUGAGCUUUGUUCCACUACUUGGUGAAGUACAUGGCUUUUUUGCUAGUCUUCCAAGGAUGAUAAUUUCCAGGCUCCGCAUGUCAAACUGCUUACUCCUGGAAGGAGAUUGCGGCAAGUGGGUUCCUCCAUGCAAGGUUUUGAGGGGUUGGGAUGAACAGGCUCAGACUCUUCUAACUGAUGGUUUGCUGCAAGAGCACCUUGGCCUUGGGUUCUUGAACAAGGACAUAGUUCUGUCUGAUCAGCUAGCAAGGGCAUUAGGUAUUGAGGAAUAUGGUACUAAAACUUUACAGCAGCUCUUGUCUUCUUUGUGUAACAAGGAAAAUGGUCUCCAGUCACUUGGUCUGUCCUGGUUAUGUCGCUUUCUAAACGUUCUUUACAUGAUGUCAUUUCAGUCUUCUGGUCUUGUUGCCGAUGUCUCUAGGAUGGAGAAAGAUCUCAUAAAGAACCUUCAGAAGAUUGCAUUUAUUCCACUUUCUGAUGGUACUUACAGCUCACUAGACAGAGGUACUAUUUGGUUACAUACUGAUGGCAUGAGCAGUGGAUCUGAUGGUGAGCAUGGGCUCAGAGCAUUUCCCAGUAUGUAUAGGAAACUCUGUAUUGUAAGCCCUGCCCUCUUCUCGGUGACAGAUGAUUUCUCAUGUUUGGAUGUGGAUUACGUGGAUAAUGUCACAAAAAUGCUUCACAGAAUUGGUGUUCAGCGGCUAUCAGCACAUGAAAUUGUUAAAGUACACAUCUUGCCUUCUCUAUCCAUUGACAGGAAUAGCUUGGAUAAGAACUUAAUGAUAGAAUAUGUUUGCUUUGUGAUGAUCCACCUGCAAUCUGGCUGCCCAACUUGUCGGAUUGACAAGGAUUCAAUCAUAUCAGAGUUGCGAAAUAAAGCUUUUAUUUUGACAAAUUAUGGCUUCAAACGCAUUGUUGAGGUGCCAAUUCAUUUCAGUGAAGAUUAUGGAAAUCCUAUAAACAUACAUCAGCUGAUUAAUGUUACAGACAUGAGAUGGCAUGUGGUUGAUUCAUCCUAUUUGAAACAUCCAGUCACGGAGUCAUUCUCUUGUGGAAAGACGAAGUGGAGGGAAUUUUUUCAGGAAAUGGGUAUCGCUGAUUUUCUGCAAGUAGUUCAAGUUCAGAAGAGUGUUACUGAUAUAUCUCCUGAAAACUCUAAGAGAAUGCUUUUUGAUAUGGACCUUAUCACCCCCGGGUUGGUUGUGAAAGAUUGGGAAUCAAAGGAGUUAGUUCAAAUGUUAUCCCAGUUUUCUAAAACAGGCAAUAAGGAGAGUUGCAAAUAUCUGUUGGAGGUUCUUGAUACUUAUUGGGAACAUCUUUUUUAUGAUAAAGUAAAUGGUUAUUACUACCCUACAUCUAAUGAGGAUCCCAAACCCUUCAAGUCAUCGUUUAUGAACAGUAUCUGUGAUCUCCAGUGGGUAGUAUCAAGCAUGGAUGAUGAUCUCCACUGCCCUAAGGAUUUAUUCUAUGAUUGCGAGGCGGUGCGCUUAAUUUUGGGUGCUUCUGCUCCCUAUGCUGUCCCAAAGGUGAGAAGUGAAAAGUUGCUAAGUGAUAUCGGGUUCAAGACUGAAGUUAACCUAGAUGAUGUUCUGGCAAUGUUACAAAUUUGGAGAAGAUCUGGCAACCUUUUCAAGGCCAGCGUAGCACAAAUGGCAAGGUUAUAUUCAUUUAUUUGGAAUGAAUUGACUUCUUCUCAGAUAAGAAUGAGUGAAGAGAUUAGAACGAGUCAGUUUAUCUUUGUUCCAAGUGCAUCUGGAUCUCGGCAGGAGGAGCUGGUUUCUGGCAUAUUUUGUUCCCCUAAAGAAGUGUAUUGGCAUGAUUCCACUGGUUCAGUGAAACAAAUAAAUCAAGUAUUUUCUCAGUGCAGAUUGGUGGGUGUAACUGAUGGCCUUCCUUGCAAGACAUUGGACAAUAUCUACCCGGGUCUUUAUGAUUUCUUUGUCAGGGAAUGCGGUGUUCUUGAGGGCCCUUCUUUUCAUGUUUAUCUGAAAAUGUUGGUGGAGUUGUCCGCUACUACCUUACCUUCACAAGUAGCUAAUAUAGUAUUUCAAAUUUUUUUGAAGUGGAAUGAUGGAUUAGUCUCAGGAUCCAUAACUGCGGAGGAUAUCAGCUAUUUUAAAGAAUGUCUGACAAAACCAGAAUACACCGUGCUCCCCACGGUGCUGGAUAAGUGGGUAUCCCUGCAUCCUUUGUUUGGUAUUGUGUGCUGGUCUGACGAUGAGAAUUUGAGGAAGGAACUUAAGUAUGUGGAAGGCGUUGAUUUUCUGUACUUUGGUGAACCCAACGACAAUCAAGAGAUGCUUCCUGCAAAUGUUACUAGGCUCUUGAGGACCUUGGGGAUUCCCGCACUUUCUGAGGUUGUAACUCGUGAAGCAAUAUAUUAUGGUUCAGCAGAUGGUACUUUAAAAGCCCAGUUGAUUGACUGGGCACUUCCCUAUGCCCAACGCUACAUCUACAGUGUGCAUCCUCAGCAAUAUUUACAGCUUAAGCAGUCUGGUUUUGACAGUCUCAAACAGUUGCAAGUAGUAGUAGUUGAAAAAUUGUUCUACAAAAAUUUGAUCAAAAGUUGUGGCAGUACAUCCAAGAAGAGAUACGACUGCAAUUGUUUACUGGAGGGGAAUGUUCUUUAUGUUGCCCAACAAUCAGAUUCUCAUGCUUUAUUUUUGGAGCUCUCUCGAUUAUGGUUUGAUGGACAUCCAGAAUUACACAUAGCAAAUUUCCUUCACAUGAUUACAACUAUGGUGGAAUCGGGUUCCACUGAGGAGCAGACAGAGACUUUCAUAUUGAAUAGCCAGAAGGUGACAAAGAUACCUGAUGAAGAAACCAUUUGGUCCCUUGCAUCUCUGCCUUCAGGAGACCUUGAAAAGCCCCUCCCGAUAAGUUCUACUUCAGGAGGAACUAGUGAACAAACUGUUUUCAAGUCCAGGAGGAAGUCAGGUACCAUCCUAAAUUGGCCACCUGUGGAUUGGAGAACGGCUCCAGAUUUCCGUUAUGCUUGUGAAAAUGGUUUUAGGACACAAGCGGUAGAUAGCAUCUCACAUGACAAAAUUGAGGGGCAUUCAGAAAUUACGGUUGCAGUGAUGGAAAAUGUGGUUCCGACGGAGAUUGAUGCCAAUUGGAAGAUUGGAGGAACUGCAGCUGCUACAUCUGGGCUUCUGGUGAACAGUCAAAAUUCUGAAGAACAUUUUGCCCAAUUUGGUGACACCGUUAUGGGCACAGAAUUGAAUUCUGUUGAUGCAAAUGCUAUGACUGAUGUGCCUGCAAAGAGUUCACCCAAUUUUAGCUGGAGAGAGAAGCUUAAUACUGGCAACCCUGACGGAGCCCAGGCAAUGUUGACUGGGAGGCUUGGUGAGCUUGUUGCUUUCAGAUAUUUUACAGGGAAAGCUGGUAAGGCAACAGUGAACUGGGUUAAUGAACUUAGUGAAACCGGGCUCCCGUAUGAUAUCCUAAUUGGGGAGAAUGAUGCCGAUAGAGAGUACAUUGAAGUUAAAGCAACCGCAUCUAAAAGGAAGGACUGGUUUAACAUGUCCACCAGAGAGUGGCAGUUUGCGGUUGAACGGGGUGAAUCUUUCAGCAUAGCGCAUGUGGUUCUUGUAGACAAUAACACUGCGAGGGUUUCAAUCUUUAAGAACCCCAUAAAACUGUGCCAGCAAGGCAAGCUGCAAUUGGUGGUCAUGAUGCCGAGGCAGGAGACGGAUCUUUCUGGCGUGUCCUAACAAGAGGAGCUCUACUUCCGUAGGCUGUGCGGUAUUCGCUGAUUUUCCCAGAAGUCCAUAUUGUGGUGGAUAGACAUUGAAACUGCUACUUGGUUGCCAUAAUGAAUGUGACUUGUCUUCAGAUUUCACGGGUUUGUGGAUGCAGCCUGUCCUUGACGCCAGAGCGCUGUACAGAUACUAGUAGGCAUGACGCUGCAAUUACCAAAGGCAACAUUACUGUACAUCUUCAUGUAAAGAGACAAGUGGAAAAAGGCUGGUUUGCAAUUCCCAAGCCAGAGACGCUUCUGAGAUGGUCACUCGAAUAUGGUCCCAGUGGAGAGCAGUCCAAGAAAUGAGAUUCUCUUUCUAUUAUCACCGACCUCCUUCUCACUCUUGCAUAUUAAUCGGAGGUAAGUUUUGUCUCUUGAAAGUUCCCGGCAGGCAUGGCCUUUGUAGCAAAGGGAUGGAGACAUGGUUUUUGCGUCUAAUUAAGUUCGGAUAUAGCUCAGAAUCCCCAUAGGAACACAAUUUAUUUGCGAUCUCUUACUAGUAUUCUUUUGACCUCCUCAACCUCCUCGACAUCCUAGGCGCCAUUUCCGAUCGACAAGCGGUAGUUUGUAUAUAAACUCCAUAACUUAGAUGAUUUGUUGGUUCCCAGACAUUCAGAUUUUCCUAUAGCAGCGGAAGGGUCUGCGAGGGGUAUUGGUCUUGAAGUAUGUCAAUAUCUUUAUGAUGGUUAUUACUAAAAAGCUUGCCCUCCGAAA